AUGGAGGGCCAGAGAGUGCUGUCGUCCUACAGGAAGCGCUUUGGGGGGACGGGGGCUGGUGGGGGGCGCACCAGCCUGUCCUCCAGCCGCUACUCCGUCCACAGCAGCCCCCGGGCCUCGCGCCUCUCUGGCGGGGCGUUCCUCCUGGGCGCUGGGACCGCCGACCGGCUGGACUUCUCGGCCGACUCGCUGCUGAAGGCGCAGUACCGCGAGACUCGCACCAACGAGAAGGUGGAGAUGAUGGGGCUGAACGACCGCUUCGCCAGCUACAUCGAGAAGGUGCGCUUCCUGGAGCAGCAGAACAAGGUGCUGGUGGCCGAGCUGAACCAGCUGCGGGGCAAGGAGCCCACACGCCUGGGGGACAUCUACCAGGAGGAGCUGCGUGAGCUGCGCAGACAGGUGGACGGGCUCAGCGCAGGCAAGGCCCGCCUGGAGAUAGAGAGGGACAACCUGGCCGCCGACCUGGCCAUGCUCAAGCAAAAACUGCAGGAUGAGAUCAAUCUGCGGCUGGAGGCAGAGAACAACCUCAGCACCUUCCGACAGGACGUGGACGAGGCAGCGAUGAACCGCGUCCAGCUGGAGAGGAAGAUCGAUAGCCUGCAGGAUGAGAUCAACUUCCUGAAGAAGAUUCACGAGGAGGAGCUGCAUGAGCUGCAGGAGCAGCUGAUGGCACAGCAGGUGCAUGUGGACGUCGACGUUUCCAAACCGGACUUGACGGCGGCGCUCAAGGACAUCCGCACCCAGUACGAGGCCAUGGCUGCAUCCAACAUACAGGAGACCGAAGAGCUGUACCGCUCUAAGUUUGCAGAUUUGACCGAUGCAGCCAAUCGUAAUGGAGAAGCUCUGCGACAGGCAAAGCAGGAGGCCAAUGAAUAUCGCAGGCAGAUUCAGGUUCUGACCUGUGACCUGGAAGCACUCCGUGGAACUAAUGAGUCUCUGGAGCGGCAGCUGCAUGAGAUGGAAGAUCGUUUCGCCAUGGAGACAGCCAGCUACCAUGACAACAUGGCCCGUCUGGAGGAGGAGAUCCAGGCCCUGAAGGAAGAGAUGGCCCGCCACCUGCAGGAGUACCAGGACCUGCUCAACGUCAAGCUGGCCCUCGACAUCGAGAUUGCCACCUAUCGCAAGCUGCUGGAGGGAGAGGAAAGCCGGAUCACUGUCCCGGUACAGAGCUUCUCCAAUCUCCAGGUCAGAGAGUCCAGUCUGGACAACAAGCUCUCCCCUGACGCCCUGGUCAAGAGGAGCAUUCUGGUGCGAACCGUGGAGACCAGAGAUGGAGAGAUAAUUAAGGAGUCCACGGCAGAGAGGAAGGACAUGCCCUAACUGCUUUGGACAGACGGUGUUAGCAAUGGCUGACCCUCAGUUGCUUCAACAUAACAUUAGAUUGCUGUGACCUUCGCUGACACCUCCUUCCCACCUACCCUCCUGCCCUCCCAAUCCCUCUUCUCUACCCUGUCUUGUCCCAUAACACCCAUGUCAUCUCCACAGGAAGCACACCUACCCUCAUCAAAGUAGCCUCUUUAACAAACACACACACACACACACACACAUACAAAUAUACAUAUGACAAAUUUAAGUAAAAUAAACUCUUAGUAUGAACAAUGGAGGGUUAAUAUCUUUGUAAAGGAUGCCAUGUUUUGUUUCAUUUUUACCUGAACUGAAUUUUCCCAAAACACCCCCAGCACCAAUGGGGAAGAUUGUGGGGCGCAGAGUGCAGUGAGACUUGGAUCCUGAGGGGCAGCAUAAUUAGGCGAGGAUAUCUGCUGGCGCGGCUGCCCCAGUCUGAAGGUAGCGAGUGAGACAAACGGCGAUGGAUGGUUUGUGUUGGGCCCAUGGAAGGGAGCAGGCAAAUGUAAUGGGAUCUGUAUACAUGUGAAGCAGGGGGACGUCCAUGGGGGCUGGAGCCCAAACGGAUCUCAGACGUGGACCAAGGCAUGUGUUAGGUGCUGUAAAUCGUAUGUGUUUGUCAGUAGGUUUAAGUUAGGUUUUAGUCACGAGUUACUCCCUCACAGUUCACCCCUAUCUGUUCUGCUGUCUCUCCCCGUAACCAAGCUUGUCCUCACCCCGUAUCCUCACCUCCUCCACGUCUGUCUCUCCUUCCCUAAAACUCAGCUGUCAUUGCUCAGCCUUCUCUCCCUCUGUCAUGGAUCCCCCCCCCCGAGACCCUGUCCAGGUCAUUCCAUUUCUCCCCUCACUGCUGUGUCCUCCUCUGUGGGAAGAGUUUGCUCGAGAGGGUGGAGCUGUUUGUCUCCUGGAGUGCAGUAAAUUCCUGCUAUUAACACAUAGACAGUGACAGUUCAGGAGCCCGGCGUGGGAGGGAGGGAAUUACGGAGUGAGGGGGGUGACUAACAUGACUCAAAUUGUAAGGGUAGCCCGCCCUGCCCCGACACGGAUACACACCCCUUUCCAGAUUUGCUGAUGUCAGGGAGAGAGAGUGCAGCAGGCAAGCCCCACUGACACAUGCCCUGGCAUAGACAAGGGUGUUCCUAAAGCUGAGGAAAAUGCGGGAGAGGAAGUUCCCGAGGUGACCAGACUCUUGGGAGAGAAGGAUUCCCUGGGAGGGUAAGUAGAGGUGGUCAGAAGAGACUGACCCUUCUGCAAGGGUGUAUCAGGACCUGUGGUUCUCACUGCACACACUGCAGCUCUCCAAGACCAUGCCAUGCUUUCAGCUGUGAAUACCAGAUGAUCUUUCAAGAUAAUUUUCAAUAGGUUUACACUCCUACCUAGGUUCAGGCUGGGUCCGGUUCUGAGCUGGUGAUCAGGACGCCAUUAAGGGUCUCUCAGUCUAGAGCGGUCUGAUUGAAAGCACUGUCUGAUCAGCACAACACAGACCUGUCCUAAUCGCACUGUGUGUCCCUAGAUAGCGUAUCAGCCCAUAGGGGGUGUGGUAGAGUGUCAUCCUAUAGCAGGUUACCCUCCCACUGUGGAGAGUGACAGCAGUUGUUGUAGAUUAUAUGGAUGCUACAAACGUCCAGCCCUCUCCACAGAGAGAGGUAAAACUGAGGCCCAGGCACUCAUUUAGGGACUCUUCAUUGAUUCAAUGAGGUGGGACUCACUGAACCUGUACUUGUUUAGCUAAUCACCGCUACACAUUCUGAGGACACCCCCUCGCAUUCCCUAUACGUCAGUCCUCUCAGCAUGUCCUUCCCUCUUGCCUUUGCUGUCAGUCACAGCAUUCAGAAUCAGUGGCUUUGCCCAUCACUUAGCCAUAGUAGACACCUGUAUCUUCUAGCAAAGCAAAACUCAUCUCCUCUGAAUUAUUUUUAAGCAAUAACAAAUAAACCAUUGUAGCAUUCUUGACCUUAGCUGUGACUACAUUGUAACCAAUUAAAAGCAAUAAAAACACUUGCAAUGUGAUUAAUAUUUAUUAUGCUUAUAAUCCAAAAUGUGUCUUUCUUCAUUUGCACCAGCUAUACCUGAUACAGUUGACACUUGUACUGUGUCACAGCUUAUUUAAGUGAGACACAGAGCUAGCAGAGUGAACAUGUGAAAUGGAUGCAUAGGUGUUGUAUAGGUGCUGUAUUCCAUCCUCAAGUCUGAGCAAUGGGAAUCUGAAACACAUCUGCAUUGACUUGUCAGAUGUUUUCAGACAACCAUCAGUGAUCAUUCAAAAAACCUGAAAAUAUUCUUAAAAUCCAAUACACUUUGAAUGAUGUCACUGAGUGUCACAGUC